CCGAGGGCCAGCGGGAGCGUCGGCGCUGCGGGGCCGCGGGGGUCGAGAGAAACAUGAGAGCCCACGAGGUGGUCGCCUUCCUCCUGCUCUUCGUGAUUGCCUCCGGGGCCUCUGAGAACGCCAGCACGUCCCGGGGCUGCGGGUUGGACCUCCUCCCUCAGUACGUGUCCCUGUGCGACCUGGACACCAUCUGGGGCAUCGUGGUAGAGGCAGUAGCCGGGGCGGGUGCCUUGAUCACGCUGCUCCUGAUGCUCAUCCUGCUGGUGCGGCUGCCGUUCAUCAAGGACAAGGAGAAGAAGGACCCCGUGGGCCUCCACUUCCUCUUCCUCCUGGGGACCCUGGGCCUCUUCGGGCUGACAUUCGCCUUCAUCAUCCGGGAGGAUGAGACUAUCUGCUCCGUGCGCCGGUUCCUGUGGGGCGUCCUCUUCGCGCUCUGCUUCUCCUGCCUGCUGAGCCAGGCAUGGCGCGUGCGGAGGCUGGUGCGCCACGGCAAGAGCCCGUCGGGCUGGCAGCUGGUGGGCGUGGCGCUGUGCUUGAUGCUGGUGCAGGUCAUCAUUGCCAUCGAGUGGCUGGUGCUCACCGUGCUGCGCGACGAGAAGCCGGCCUGCGCCUACAAGCCCAUGGACUUCGUGAUGGCCCUCACCUACGACAUGGUACUGCUUGUGGCCACCCUGGGGCUGGCCCUCUUCACGCUGUGCGGCAAGUUCAAGAAGUGGAAGCAGAACGGGGUGUGCAUCCUGGUCACCGCCUUCCUCUCCGUGCUCAUCUGGGUGGCCUGGAUGACCAUGUACCUCUUCGGCAAUGCCGAGCUGCGGCAGGGGGAUGCCUGGGGCGACCCCACCCUGGCCAUCACGCUGGUGGCCAGCGGCUGGGUCUUCGUCAUCUUCCACGCCAUCCCUGAGAUCCACUGCGCCAUCCUGCCCACCCCGCAGGAGAACACGCCCAACUACUUCGACACGUCGCAGCCCAGGAUGCGGGAGACGGCCUUCGAGGAAGACGUGCAGCUGCCGCGGACCUACAUGGAGAACAAGGCCUUCUCGAUGGAUGAGCACAACGCAGCUCUCCGCACGGCAGGAUUUCGCAACGGCAGCUUGGGAAACAGACCCAGCGCUCCAUUUAGAAGCAACGUGUAUCAGCCGACUGAGAUGGCCGUUGUGCUCAAUGGCGGGACUAUCCCAACUGCUCCGCCAACUUACACUGGAAGACACCUCUGGUGAAAGACUUUAAGUUCCAGAGAGUAAGAAUCUCUCUUCCCGAUUUUAUUCCCUGGCUGUGUCUUUCUUGAGGGAGAAGUCAGUAACAGUAGCUGCACAAGGCCGCCUUGCAGCCAGGAGAUUUGGAAAUCCUAGACGAGGGGAUUUUGUGUAAAUGUGAACACUGCUGAACCGAAAGGCUAACACCGACUGCCCUCCCCUCCCCCGUGCCACACACACACACACACACACACACACACACACACACACACUACCAAACCAACCUCAACCCCGCAAACUAAAGCAAAGCUAUUUGCAAAUAGUAUUAGGCUCACUCGAAAAUGUGGCUGGAAGACUGUUUCAUCCUCCAGGGGUAGAACAGAACCACAUUCACAGCUGGUGGGCCAGGCUGGUGUUGGGUGAUAGGGAGGUCCCCAUACUGUCGCCCUUUCAGCAAGUGCUGGACCCCAGGUGGCCUC